ACUAGUGACAUUUCAAUUUGUUUUCUUCACAAAAACAAUUUUGCAAAUCAUCCGGAUUGAAUAAAGCUUUUAAAUUAAAAAGAAAAAUGGUUUUGGUAGAAAACGACGUGGAAAUGAAGAGCGCGGAUAGCCCCCCAGGCCCAGAAGCAGGCGACAGCAAACGCGACACUGAUUUGCAGAGUUUACAAGAAAUUCGAGAACACGCCAGGCAGAUCGAAAAAGCGGUUUCUAACAAGGAAAACCGCUUUAUUUUAAGAGUUUUAAGAUGCCUUCCAAAUACUAGAAGAAAAUUGAAUGGGGUUGUGCUCCGAAGCCUCAUCACCCAAAUCUAUCCCGUAGCAGAGAGAGAAUCCCUUUUGGCCUUUGUCGAGGAGGCGACAAAUGAGAUAGAUAGUUCUCAAACCAGAAUCAGGUCAGCAACAAGGAGCCCAGUGCCAGAAGUAGAGGCUUACAUUCAUUUACUGAUAUUAGUGAGACUAAUAGACACCAAUAAGUUGGAGGAGGCAACUCGAUGCUCACAAGCUUUGAUGAACAAAAUUGUCAGUCAAAAUCGUAGAACCAUUGAUUUGAUUGCUGCAAAAUGCUAUUUUUACCAUUCAAGAGUUGCAGAGUUAACUAACAAGUUGGAUACUAUAAGGUCGUUCCUUCAUGCCCGCCUAAGGACAGCAACUCUUCGCAAUGAUUUUGAAGGGCAAGCAGUAUUAAUUAACUGUCUGCUGAGAAACUACUUACACUAUUCACUCUAUGACCAGGCAGACAAACUGGUGUCAAAAUGUGUUUUCCCAGAAACAGCUAGUAACAAUGAGUGGGCCAGAUUUCUGUACUAUUUGGGGAGAAUUAAGGCUGCUAGGUUGGAGUACAGUGUGGCCCAUAAACAUCUGGUACAGGCAAUGCGAAAAGCUCCACAAAAUACUGCCGUAGGCUUUAGACAGACUGUACAAAAGCUGUUGGUUGUUGUGGAGUUACUGUUAGGAGAUAUACCUGAGAGGCAAAUAUUUAGGCAAGUUCAAAUGCGUCGUUCUGUAGCUCCAUAUUUCCAAUUAACGCAAGCCGUUCGUAUGGGAAAUCUCCAUCGUUUCGGCGAAGUUUUGGAAAACUUCGGACCACAAUUCAGGCAAGACCAUACUUACACUCUCAUCCUACGUUUACGCCACAACGUAAUCAAAACAGCGAUACGCAGCAUCGGAUUAUCAUAUUCGAGAAUCUCGCCACAAGACAUCGCUAAGAAACUGGGCUUGGAUUCCGCCGAGGAUGCCGAAUUUAUCGUCGCAAAAGCAAUUAGAGAUGGAGUGAUCGAGGCGACUUUGAACCCCGAAGGCGGUUACAUGAGAAGCAAGGAAAGCACCGACAUUUAUUGCACCAAGGAGCCGCAGAUGGCGUUCCAUCAAAGGAUUUCGUUCUGUUUGGAUUUACAUAAUCAGAGUGUGAAGGCCAUGAGGUAUCCACCAAAGGCAUAUGGGAAAGAGUUGGAGAGUGCGGAAGAGAGACGGGAAAGGGAAGCGCAGGAUCUCGAGUUGGCCAAGGAAAUGGCCGAAGAAGACGAUGAUGGUUUCCCUUAAGCUGCUGCUGGAAAGUGGUUGUGCGCGAUUUUUUUGUAUGUUAGAAUUUAACAAUUAUUGGAAAUAUUUAACAUUGAAUUUAAUUAUAAAAAAAGAUUUGAAAUGCUGCA